UUCAGAGCUUGUGCAGAAAACAUUGUUUUCAUGUGUGAUUUUAUUAAAUUGAAUCAACAUGGAUAUUAAAUCAUUUCUCUUCGAAUAUUGCUCAAAAAACAAAACCGAACCCAAGUUCGAUGUGCGGCCUACAGGACCAAAGAACCGGCAGCGCUUCCUGUGCGAAGUACGCCUAGACCAGUGUCCUUAUGUAGGGGUUGGAAACUCCACCAACAAAAAAGACGCCGAAAAGAAUGCGUCGCGUGAUUUUGUUAACUAUUUGGUGCGCGUGGGCAAAUUGAAUGCAAAUGAUGUCCCUGGCGAGGCAACUGCGCCACCAUCGGUCGCUGGAGGCGGGGGUGGCGGAAGCGUUGAUGCUAGUGGUGUUGGUGGUCAGCAACAUCGUGUAUUUGGUGACAAGUCAGGACCUCGCGACUUGGGUGAGGCUUAUCGUCCCGUGGGUGGCGAUCGCUUCAGCGUAAUAGAUCAUGUCCAGGAGCAAAAGGACAUGAACGAAGCAGAGUCCAUUGAUGUAAACGCAGCCAUUCACGGCAACUGGACCAUUGAAAAUGCCAAAGAUCGGCUGAACAUAUACAAGCAAACGAAUGGCAUUAAGGAUGACUACAAGUAUAUGCCAGUGGGACCUGACCACGCUAGGAGUUUCAUGGCCGAACUAUCUAUCUAUGUGCCCGCACUGAAACGUAAAGUAACUGCCCGUGAAACUGGUUCCAACAAGAAGGCCGCUAGCAAAUCGUGUGCUCUCUCCUUAGUGCGUCAACUAUUCCACUUGAAGGUCAUUGAAGCGUUCAGUGGCACGCUUAAAAAGAAAAAGGACGAAGAACUGAAGCCAUAUCCAGUGAAAUUGGCACCACAAUUAGUUGAUCAGGUCGACAGCGUCAUCAAAGCUCUGGAUUUGCCCGUUGUCAGUCCGCGAAACAUUAAAGUGGAGACCGAUAGCGCUCCUAUUUCAUUGAUUGUGAACGUUAACAAAAUUGCCGACCAGCAAACAAGCAGCGAUCAACGUAAGGAAGGCGCUGUCAUUCCCUGGGCACCCCCGCAACAAAACUGGAAUGCCUGGCAUGCAUGCAACAUAGACGAGGGAGAAUUAGCCACCACGUCCAUAGAUGAUUUGUCGAAUGAAUUCGAACGCAAGUUACGGGAUAGACGCCAAAUGGAUCCCGAGUAUAAGCAGUUUUUGGAAUUUCGUGACAAACUGCCAAUCGCGUCCAUGCGUUCUGAAAUAAUGACCGCCAUCAAUGAGAAUCCCGUGGUGAUUAUACGCGGCAAUACUGGCUGUGGCAAGACCACACAGAUAGCACAAUACAUUCUGGAUGAUUACAUUAGCUCGGGCCAGGGGGCCUAUGCCAAUAUUUAUGUGACGCAGCCGCGUCGCAUUUCGGCCAUUUCGGUGGCGGAGCGUGUGGCGCGUGAGCGUUGCGAGCAACUGGGCGACACCGUGGGCUAUUCGGUGCGCUUUGAGUCUGUCUUUCCACGUCCUUAUGGUGCCAUCUUGUUCUGCACUGUGGGCGUGCUGUUGCGGAAACUGGAGGCCGGUCUUCGUGGAGUCUCCCACAUAAUUGUGGACGAGAUCCAUGAGCGUGAUGUGAACAGUGAUUUUUUGUUGGUCAUCCUGCGGGACAUGGUGGACACGUAUCCGGACUUGCGCAUCAUUCUUAUGUCGGCAACCAUUGAUACAACGCUUUUCACCAAAUACUUUGGCGGCUGUCCCGUGCUGGAGGUACUCGGACGUGCCUAUCCUGUACAGCAGUAUUUCCUGGAAGACAUUCUCGAGAUGACCAAAUUCGUACCGUCGGCGGAGUCUCGUCGCAAGCGCAAAGAGGCAGAAGAUGAGGAGCGAAUACUUUUGAGCGAAAAUAAAGAAGAGGGCGAACUGAAUUUGAAUAAAGUUUGCGAUCCCAAAUACUCUGAGCAAACACGCAAUGCCAUGGCUAUGCUAUCUGAAGCGGAUGUCUCCUUCGAACUGCUCGAGGCCCUGCUGUUACACAUCAAAUCAAAGAACAUUCCCGGUGCCAUUUUGGUAUUUUUACCCGGCUGGAAUCUCAUAUUCGCCCUGAUGAAGUUUUUACAGAGCUCUUCGAAUUUCGGAAACCCUCAGUACCGAAUUCUGCCGUGCCACUCACAAAUACCACGCGACGAGCAGCGCAAGGUGUUUGAGGCUACGCCGGAGGGUGUAACAAAGAUUAUAUUAUCCACCAAUAUUGCGGAGACAUCAAUUACCAUCGAUGAUAUUGUCUUUGUCGUGGACAUUUGCAAGGCACGCAUGAAGCUGUUCACAUCCCACAACAAUCUAACGAGCUAUGCCACCGUAUGGGCGAGCAAGACGAAUCUAGAGCAGCGCAAGGGCCGUGCUGGACGCGUUCGUCCCGGUUUCUGUUUCACGCUCUGCUCACGUGCCCGUUUUGCUCAACUAGAGGAGAAUCUAACACCGGAGAUGUUCCGCACACCGCUGCACGAGAUGGCGCUUACCAUCAAGCUGUUGCGUCUUGGCGCGAUUCACCACUUCCUGUCUAAAGCCCUGGAACCGCCACCUGUGGAUGCUGUCAUCGAGGCGGAGGUGCUGCUGCGUGAGAUGCGCUGUCUGGAUGCCAAUGAUGAGUUGACGCCAUUGGGUCGUCUGUUGGCGCGCCUGCCCAUCGAACCCCGCUUGGGUAAGAUGAUGGUACUGGGCGCAGUGUUCGGUUGCGCCGAUCUGGUCGCCAAUAUGGCCUCCUAUUCAAGCACCUUCUCGGAGGUGUUUGCGCUUGACAUUGGACAACGCCGUUUGGCAAACCAUCAGAAGGCAUUGAGCGGAACUAGAUGCUCCGAUCAUGUGGCCAUGAUUGUGGCCACACAGAUGUGGCACCAUGAGAAGCAGCGUGGCGAGCAGGAGGAGAUACGCUUCUGCGACUGGAAGGGUCUGCAAAUGUCGACUAUGAACGUUAUGUACGAUGCCAAGACGCAGUUGCUCGACCUGCUGCAGCAAGCCGGCUUUCCCGAAGAGUGCAUGAUACCCCAUCAUGUGGAUGCGAAUCGCGAUGAUGCCGUUUUGGAUAUGGCUUUAGCAUUGCUCUGUUUGGGUCUCUAUCCCAAUAUUUGUGUGCACAAGGAGAAGCGCAAGGUGCUAACCACAGAAUCGAAGGCGGCACUGUUGCACAAGACUUCUGUGAAUUGCAGCAAUCUGGCCAUCACCUUCCCCUACCCCUUCUUCAUAUUUGGUGAAAAGAUUCGCACCCGAGCCGUCUCCUGCAAACAAAUGUCGAUGGUGUCGCCCCUGCAGGUCAUAUUGUUUGGUUGCCGGAAAGUGGACCUGGCACCAAACAAUAUUGUGCGCGUCGACAAUUGGCUGAACUUUGACAUGAACCCGGAGAUAGCUGCAAAAAUUGGUGCACUAAAGCCGGCUAUUGAGGAUCUCAUCACGCUGGCCUGCAACGAUCCCGGCAAUGUCUUGCAGCUGCCGGAUCCCUACGCAAAACUGGUCAAUGUCAUACGGGCUUUAUGCGAACAGGACGCAGGCGAUUUUAAUAUCAAGCGGGAGUCUGGAAUACUGCCCCAUCAGGCGCGUCAAUCGAAUUUCGGCGGCGGAGGAGGCGGUGGACCACCAAAGCGCACACGCUACGAUGCUGGCUUCGGGUCUGGAGGUGGUGGCGGCUAUGGUAGUAAUUCAGGUGGCGGAAGGAAUUACGGCGGCAGCAAAUAUGGCAAUGGAUCAAGAUAUAGUAGUGGUGGUAGCACCAUUACCAGUGGAGGGGUUAGCGGUGGAAGCGGCUACGGUGGAGGCGGAUACGGUGGUAGUGGCAGCUACGGCAACGGAGGAGGAGGCUAUGGUGGUGGGGGCAACGGCGGUGGAAGCUAUGGUGGUGGAAGCUACGGUGGUGGUGCUGGUGGAAACUACGGCGGCGGUGGAAGUUACGGUGGAGGUAGUAACUACAACAACAGCGGCGGAGGUGGCGGCUAUGGUGGUGGUGGCAACUUCAACAGCGGUGGAGGGUACACUGGUGGUAUCAGAAACUGGGGCGGCAACAAUUGGGGCCCCUUCAACAACAGUGGCGGAGGUGGCGGUGGUGGUAACGGAGGCGUUUAAAUAACAAUUUCAUAGUGUAUUACAUUUUUAUUUUAUUCCUAAAUAAAUAUAACCUCGUAUAUACAUAUUAUAUACGUACAUACA